GAGGAGGUGAAGCUGACAGAUGAUUGUGUUGUGAGGGUAGUUUCUAACAGUAAAGGUAUGAAUGUCUGCCGAAAUUCCAUUUGAUUAAUGGUAUGGCAGCAAUCACAGAGCAGUCUUCUUUUCGUCUGCAAGAUGAAUACAGGUGUGAUACAGUAUAUCUGUACAGUUUAUCUCAAGACAGAAGCCAUAAAUACUUGGGAGUUCAUUCCUUCCCUUCAAGUUGCUGACCUACAAUGAUGAUGGGACACUCUCCUCAAAUGCCAGCUAAGAUGAUGUAGGAAGGACCUGCAAUUUAGUUUGAGCUCUGGAGACAUGGCAGCAUUCCAGAGCUCUGCUUAUGAUGACACAAACCUUGGGUCAGGCCCCAACGAGGAUGACUCAGAAAUCUCAUUGUUAAGGGAAGAGUUGGAUUCGGGAAGCGUGCUCUCUAAGGAUUCUGUUUUCCCUGAUUACGAACACGAGGAUGGAAAAAAGAGAACUGCCAACACUCUGUAUGAGGCCUGCGUCCAAAAUGACGCACAAGCACUGAAGAGAGUGUUGGAGCGUGGUGUGGCCCGUGACGAGGUCAUGGAAGUUGACAUUAAUGGCUGGAAUGGGUUGAUGGUGGCUGCAUAUAAAGGCUUUCUUCCGAUUGUUUAUGGGCUGCAUGGCUGUCCGCAUCUAGACAUUAACCACUAAGACAACGAUGGCAACACUGCUCUAAUGGUUGCAGCACAAGCUGGUCACGCCUCCAUAUGUAACUUCAUCAUGAAUUACUUUCCCGGAGCAGACACAGAGAUCAGAGACAACAGAGGAUUCACUGCUCUCAUUAAAGCUGCCAUACAGGGCAGGGAUGAUGUGGUGGCAGCUCUUAUAAUGCAUGGUGCGGAUGUGAAUGCUGUAGACUCAAACCGUGGGAAAUGUGCAUGUGACUGGGCACUGAAAACAGGUCGCUUUGACACACUACAUCGCCUGCGCCGCCUUGCACUACGCCCCACAGCAGAACAGUUUUGUGACACCUACAUCCCUGAGUGGCCUAAACUUAAGAUAUUGGUUGCCAAAAGAACAGCCAAUAAGACUGCUGGCCAGAAGAUGACUCAUCAUUUCAAGAGCACAUUCGGUUUCAGCUUCCCACGUGACCCGCAGGACAAUGGUGUCAUGGAUCACAUGGUGCGUAUGACCACCAGCCUUCGCAGCCCACUCAUAGCCACGGCCACACGCCCACUGUGCCCAAGCAGCCCUCCAGAGGUGGGCAAACGGCGGCUGGCAGUGGCCGAGCUGGUUCAGAGGCACUCAGGGACAGAGCUGGAGGAGGGUUCGCCUUGCCAUAGAAACAACUCCAUCACCAGCAUUUCUCCCUCUGUCCACUCAGCAGGAUCUGUUUCUAUGUCCUGCUGUGCUGAUACAGAGAGGCGUAGCAGUGUGCUGUCCAUUGCUCAGUCUGGUAUACGCACUUUCAUCCCUCGUAGUGUAGCAGCAAGACGCAACAGCAUUUUCCCCUCGGGCUGUGUCCCACAGAUUAAAGUCACCAAGUCUUCUGAGCCCACCCUAAAGAAGGAGAAAAAGAAUAAAAGAGAAAAGGGUUACCUGGAGCCUCUGAAGUGGAAGUACAAGGAGGCCAAGGAGCAGAAGAAGAAAGAGAAGAAAGCACUAAAAGUAAAAGAAGAGAAGGAGAAGAAAAGCAAGGAUAAGAAAAAAAAAAGAAAAAAAAACUAUGAGGACUGAAGUGGGUGUUGAUGUCCUUAAAAGAUCCCAUAAAAUCACUUUUUUUUCUUUCCUGUAUUGUUGAAUUUCCCACUGCGCAAGACGUAUUGAGGGGUUUUCAUAACCAAUAGGUGUAAGUUAUGUCAAAGCCAUAUAACAUGAUGUGCUAAUUGGUUUUCAGGUGUUAUUAGGGGGAUGGAUAUUCUCAGUCUAAAGAACAUUCGAUUGGACAAAAAUCCAUGUUUGUGCAAGAGUCAUCUAUAUUUUUGAUCUGUUUUCCCAGAGUAGAGAGACUUUUAAAGCAUAGAGCAUGUAAAACUUGCAUAUAUGCGUAUAUAUGCUAAAAGUCAAUUUUGUCCACUUUUAGGAUUACACUAGCAUAAACACUACCGGUCAAAAGUUUUGAAACACUUGACUGAAAUGUUUCUCAUGAUCUUAAAAAUCUUUUGAUCUGAAGGCGUAUGCUUAAAUAUUUGAAAUGAGUUUUGUAGACAAAAAUAUAAUUGUGCCACCAUAUUAAUUUAUUUAAUUAUAAAACUAAAAUGUAAUUUAAAAAAAAAAGUUUUUGAAAUUGAUGACUUGGACCAAAUAAUAAAGAAAAGCAGCCAAUAAGUGUCCAACAUAGAUGGGAACUCCUUCAAUACUGUUUAAAAAGCAUCCCAGGGUGAUACCUCAAGAAGUUGGUUGAGAAAAUAUCAAGAGUACAUGUCUGCAAAUUCUAGGCAAAGGGUGACUACUUUGAAGAUGCUAAAAUAUAACACAGUUUUGAUUUAUUUUGGAUUUUGUUUAGUCACAACAUAAUUCCCAUAGUUCCAUUUAUGUUAUUCCAUAGUUUUGAUGACUUUACUAUUAUUCUAAAAAAAUUUAUAAUAAAGAAUAAGUGUUUCAAAACUUUUGAAUGGUAGUGUAGAUUAAAUAAAAUAUAAUAGACAAAGGGACCUAUUUUAAGGGCGCUAGCGCUAAGCGCAGGGCUAUGCUUUAAGUCAUAAAUGCAAAAUCAGUGGGCAUGGCCAUGAAGUUUUGAUAUGCACUAAAUCUAGAUGCAAGAGGGUUUGGCAAAAUUAUGUGGGCAAAGUGCUAAUGGGCUGGGUCAAGUGCAAUUUCAUUCUGAGGUUCUUCUCUGGUUAUUCCAGCAUCUGCGUCCUAUUAUAUAGUCCAUUCCCUACCAAGUACCUAUGAUAUAAACAAAGUCAGCACAUUCAAAAGAAAUUGGUAGUGUAUGCAAUGAAUUAGAAGAAUAUAAAUAUGGACUUAUGUUCUUUUGUACAAUAACUGCAUCCUUGAAUGUCAGGCAUAUUUCUAGUGACACGACACAUUUUUUACACAUGGUAAAUGUGGUUCUUGUCAGGAUUUGGAUAUAUGCUCAAUUAAAUUAUAGAGAAUGUAAGUAUUAUUAAUCAUCUACUGAAACACAUUUAUUGGCUAAUAUUAACAGUGAUUGUAUCGGAACACACUUUACUUCUACCAGUCGUUUUUGAUUUAGAAAAUUAUAUAAUUGUAUUAUUUUAUUGAAACACGAAUACAUUCAACAAAAAAUAUUUCUAAAUUCAAAUUACACUUCAUAUGAAACUAAAAAAUUAUCAAAAUAACAAAAAUGGAUAAAAAAAAAUCAUACCAAAUAUAAACAUUUUACUGUCACGAACUUCUCCACCGGCUCCUUUUGCAAUUACUUAAAAAUCACCCUAUGACAACAGAUGGAAAAAUACCAAUACAAAGUAGAUCAUAAAUACAAUUGUUUAAAAAUAACCAAAAAAAAAAAAAACAAUAAUAACUAUAAACUAUGACCUAAAGAUAGUUUAACACAAAUCCCACAAAUAUUUGUUUCAAAAAACAGCUGCAGCAAUGAUCGUCAUGUACAUAAUUUGAUGUUCCACUAUAUUUUCAGAGUUUGGCCAUGAACUUUGUGGCCAUAUGAUGGUGGAAUCUCCAAACUGCAAAUGCAGGAACUGACUUUAGAGUUCAGCUUUAGCUGCUUUUGAAAUAUUUAAUCGCAAUUACCUUUUUCCCUUACGCACGGUCUAAGCAUGAGGGCUGCCAUGUUAGAAUCACAUGACUAGCCGAAUGCUACUCGCUUAAUCACAGUAACCAUCCUGUUAUUUGACACUUUCACUCAUUGAUUAAAGUAAUCAUGGCUGACUGAAAAACUAAAUUUCUACAAUGGCAUCUGAAACUGAAAACUAAUGAUUUUAAUAAUGCUGCAUCUAAGCUGCUAGGUGUCAGUCCAAGAGGACACAAAGAUAAAAGUUACUGAGUGCACCUUUAAGUAAUA